GGUCCCUGGUUGUUGAGAGAGUAGUUCUACGAUAAAACGCGGGAGUUCUUCGUUGGUCAUCUAAGAGUCAGAAAUCGAAACUCCUAAAUCACGAGCUAAUUUUUCUUCCCCGUUUAAUUUCUUCUUCAUUUCUUCGAAACCGACCAACGUAGUGCCGCUUAAGAGCUUUCCGCGAAGGGGCGCUGAAUAAUUCAUCGAAGUUUCGAACGGAUUCGCCCCCCUGAAUUGAAUACGCGCUGGGUUUUGUUUUGUGUUGUUUAAUCUGAGAAUGGAAAGUGAAGCUUAUAGAUAUGGUCUCUCUGCUGCUGCUGUUUCUUCGAGGGGCUCUAAAUCGCAGUCGCAUUUUGAUUUUGAUUACGAGGAGGUGGAUGAGGAUGAUGAUGAUUUGAAUUCGGAAUAUUCUUGCCCGUUUUGUUCGGAGGAAUUUGAUUUGGUUGAGCUAUGCUGCCAUAUUGAUGACGAGCAUCCUUUAGAAGCCAACUUUGGGAUAUGCCCUAUUUGCUCUUCAAGCGUGGGAGAGAAUAUGGUUGGACAUAUAAUGAUGCAGCAUGGAGAUAUAUUUAAUAGUCAACAAAGAUUGAAAUUCCAUAAAGACGAUUUUCCUCAAAGUCUUUCUUUUGAGAGAAAAGAGUUACAAGAUGAUCGUGUAAGAAUUCUUUCGGGGUUUUCGUCUCUGCACUUGACCUCCAAGAUGGCACCUGAUCCAUUAUUAUCAUUUUUAUGCAAUGCACCUGUCGCUAAUGAGUCCAAAACUGUUCAGCCCAUGCCUUCAAGUAAAGAAAAAUUGAAGGAAAGUGAUGCAGACGAUACAUUAUUCGAAAGGAUCAUACUGUGGUCGAUCAAUCUCAUGCCUUUGCAUUUGGAUCCAUUUACCAAAUGGCCUAAAAUUUCUCUGCACUUCUCAUGGACGUUCAUUUAUCUUCCUUACCCGACACGAAGCAAGAAGAGAAGACUCGGAGAUGCGACUUCGUACAGGGGUUAGUUCUCUCUGUCAUCUUAGGCGACGAUUUAUAAUAUUGAGCACGAAUACAGAAGAGGGAAGUUGUAUCAAAAUUGUAGUGUUUUUAUUCCAAUGAUCAUAUUACCCUUUGUGAAUUAGUAAAAGAUAGUUAGAAAGGGUAAGCAUGAUCCAAGUUGUUUUCCUGUUUAUGGAAGUAUAGUUAGCUUCGUGGUGUUCUUCAAUAAAAAGUUAGUAAAUUGGCAGUCAAGA